GUUCAGUUCAGAACUUCAGAUCACUUUAACAAGCGCUCUGAGGUAUUCACCGCACUUAUCAUGCUAUCCCGGGAAGAAAUACUCAAACCCAUAUGGCACGCCUUCACCGCCCUGGAUAUGGACCACAACGGCAAAGUAUCCAAAUCCCAGCUAAAGGUGCUGUCUCACAACCUCUGCACCGUACUAAACAUCCCUCAUAACUCUUCAGCCCUGGAGGAACAUUUUAAAGAUAAUGAUGAAGGACCCGUGUCGACUCAGGGUUACAUGCCUUACCUAAACACGUUCAUUCUUAGUAAGAUCCAGCCCAAUUUCAACUUCCCCGACCUGAAUAAGAUGUGCUGGACUCUCUGUGCACCAAAGCACAUCAGUGGCAAGCACCUACUCAUCUCAGGAGUCGAUGCCUUUAAGAUCUGGUGUAUCUUCAACUUUCUCUCUGAAGAUAAAUAUCCACUACACGUUGUCAUGGAGGAGAUCGAGUACUUCCUGCACAAGCUAUUGACAGCGAUGGGUUGCUGUUGGAACGAGAGCAGAUUUGAAGACUACAAAUUGCAGCUGCAGAGUGUCAAAAAACAUCAGCUCAACGCCUGGGAACUCAUUGAGCUUAUCGGCAUGGGUCAGUUUACCAAAGGCAUAAAUCCACAGACCAUCUCAAUGGGUAUCAAUGACAUCUAUCAGGAACUUAUACUGGAUGUGAUAAAACAGGGUUACAUGGCGAAAAAAGGGCACAAAAGGAAAAAUUGGACGGAAAGAUGGUUUGAACUGCAUCUAACAUACAUCUCAUAUUAUGUGAAUGAAGACCUAAUAGAGCAGAAGGGAUGUAUUUUACUGGAUCGUAACUGCUGCGUUGAGUCCCUACCAGAAAAGGAUGGAAAGAAAAACCUCUUUCUUAUAAGAUGUGUCGAAAAAAGUUUUGAGAUCAAUGCACCAGACAAAAAGACUAAACAGGAGUGGAUUCAAGCCAUCCAGGACUGCAUCGUCCGCAUAAGGCAGGGCCUUUCCUCCGCACCCCGAGAGUCCAGACAGAGACGCAAAGAGGAAAGAAACAGAAUGAGAGCUGAACAGGAAGCCAUGGAGAGCCGACUGAGACAACUGCAGCUCGCCAAUGAGACCAAACAGGCUAAACUGGAGGCCAUGAGUAAGAAUCUACAGGAAGUUGCGGUGAAGGAUGUCGUGGAAGAACAGAGAAUUCAGACCCAAACCGACUUACUACGCCAAUACAAAAGAGAACUGGAAAAGGAGAAACUGGCUCGAAGGCAGAUGGAGGAGCAGGUGGUGGAAAAGUCCAAUGAACUGGAGCAGCACUGGCAACGGCUGCAGGAACUGGAAGAAAUGUACGUUCAACUGAAAGAAGCUCUGGAGGACGAGAGGCAGGCCAAACAGGACGAAGAAGCACUGCGCAAACGGCAGGCCAGGCUGCUGCAGGAGGAGGCAAACAAAAGACAAGAGCUCGAGCAGAUUUACCAGCAGCAGAUGACCAUUUUGUCUCAGUCCCAAAAAGAGAAAGAGGAGCUGGAGAAGGAGCGGUCAGAGAAGGAGCGGGCACUGCAGGCUGCAAGGGAGCAGCUGGAGAGCCUGGAAAAACAGAGGCAGGGAGCGCAGGAGGAAUACAAGGCAGUUGCAAAGAAACUGGAGCGGGCAUCGAAUAUGACAAAGAAAUGUAAACACAGAGUCAACGAAAGUGAGGGUCUCCUUCGGAUCAUUCAACCAGGCGGCAAGGCACCCGGUAACAUGACCAACUGGGGAAUGGCAGCUUUCACUCAAUCAGAACUGUUUCAGUUAGAGAAGAACUGGCAGGAGAACAAGAACAGACCAGACGAUGGACAACAAUAACUCCUGAUGUGAACAUUCAUUUAACCAUACAACAACCAAACGCCAUAAUUGUACCAUUUAAAACAAAUGAAUGCAUUUAUAAAGUGCAACUUCAAUUUUGCUGUGAAACAUUUAGAAUUGUUUUGUUAUAUGUGUGUAACUGGAACUGAUGUCAGUGUGAUAAUGUACGGCUAUAUUUAUUGCAAGGCAACAGUGAUGUUAUCUUUGUAGUGCUGUAAAAACUUAAUGGUACAUACAGUAUAUUCAUAUAUGGUUGUGUCCACUAGAUGUCCUAGUUGAUACACAUAAAUUUGUCAGAGGAUCAAAUCAUAACCAUUUGAAAAACGCAGGUAUGCAGUUCUGUUCUCUGAUCAGCAUCAUACGCACCACUGAUACAUAACUGUGUGCAAUUCAUUGUCAACAUUGCUUUUUAAACCUAACUUCAGUCAGUUUGGAAUACAGCACACCUAUAAAAUACAGGACAAAUGCUA